AUGGAACAGCCCUUUGAUCAGGAUUUUUUUGGAAUAGAGCAACUUUUACAGGAGGGUCAGUAUGAGGCCAAUGCACAAGACAACAACAGUUAUGAAGCCAGUCAAGGAAACAACAAUGCAGAGGAAGAAGAAGGACAUGUACAUCCAACAAGUAGAAAGCAACUAACAGUCACAAAAAAACGCCAGCUCAUAGAUGAGUUCCUCAUGAAAAUGAAUCAGGGACAACUACCCAGGGGGUUAUUAUCAGCAGUGGCAAAACAACAUGGGAUCCACAGAAGCACAGCAACACGGGUGUGGCAGUUUGUACAAGACAGCAUAGCCAAAGGGAAUUUUAUUAAUGUCAGAAGCAAAAAAUUAGGGAAAAAAGGAAGACAACCCAAAUUUAUUAGUGAUGAGGAGUUGCAGUCAGUGCCUCUAUACAAAAGGGUAACAGAGAGAAGCUAUGCAGCAGCUCUGAAGGUAUCACAUGGAUUCAUACACAACUUGAAGAAAAAGGGCAGACUUAGAACACAUUCAGCAACCAACCAUCCAGCACUCACAUCAAAUCACAAAUUGGCAAGACUCAAGUGGGCAUUAGCCCAUAUUCAUCCAAUCCCCCAAGUAGGAAAUCCAACUUUCAUUGAUAUGCAACAAGUGAUUCACAUAGAUGAGAAAUGGUUCUACAUGAACCCAGAGACAAGGCAAUUCUACUUGUUGUCAAAGGAAGAAAAUCCCUACAUGUGUCAGCAGUCCAAAAGGUACAAAAUAAAAGCUAUGUUCAUGGCAAUGAUUGGGAAGCCUCUACAUGACUUAAAUGGGAACAUGCUACAUGAUGGUAAGUAUGGAAUAUUUCCUUUUACCUACCAGCAAUUGGCCAAGAAGAAAAGCUAG